AUGGCCGAACUCAUCACUGUCAUCGCGGUUGCCACCGCCCUGACCGUCGCUGUCUCCGCUCCAGUGCCGCAGGACAUGUCAACCUCGAUUGCGAUCAUCCCACCGACAACGACCACGACAACGCGCACUCCGACGACGACCAAGACGCCACUGCCGCCGUUCCCUCAGGUUUGGAAGGAGGCAUCGCCGGGAGAGAGGUUCGCGUAUGUACUCCUGUUCAUGUCUUGCGCGCCGACCAUAUUUGUGAUCGUCCUGUUUCUCAUCGCGUUGGCCAGCAAGGCCGUCGAUGCCUGUACAUUCCACCGACCGGAGAAGGCACAGGACAUGGAGAUGACGGGGGCGCCAGCCAACAUCAAGUUGGACGAGGCGAUAUCAGAGGACAAAGCCAACGAGCGCAAGAGUUCGAACGACAACGAGUCCACUGCAGCACCCAGCUACCGCUCCAAUGACGUUGCCCCAGCGUAUCGGUCGUCAUGGUGCGAGUCGAGCGCAAGCUCAGAGGGCCGGUUUGACUUUUGCGAGGUGCGCGAGGGCUGGCCACCCGAGGCCUCGCGCACCGGUCGGCCUAGCCAGGCGAACAUUGGCGUGGCCAUGUGA